GUUUGUGUGUCCAAAAAAAGAAAAAAAAACUUUGACUGGCCAUAUCCGCCGGAAGCACCUUAACGGGCCAGAACAAGUGCAAAGCCCCUUGAAAUAAACUCAGUGGAGCUCUCUAUACCCCCCCCCCCCCCCCCUGUUCACCUGCACAACCCUUCCCCCAAAUGACAACAACAGUAGCUGAAAACUGAACAAUCCAAAUAUAUUGUGCAAGAGUUUCAAGGCAAUUAUCAUCAUGUCUUUGGAUAAUCCCUGUUAUUUUUGUAAUGACACAAAAUCGCCCCGCACCCCAGACUCGCCACAGUCGUCGUCGGGGAAGGUGUUCUCGUUAUUUAAGCGUCGCAACUCGAAAGGCAGCAGUCCACGUCCGGCACUGGCCGGAACCAAUCCGGAACAGAUGCGUCUGAUCACAUCGGCCAAUCUGGAUACAACGGCAACGAUGGCCUUUGGCAGUCCACGCGGCAGCUUCAACUCCCUCGGCGGUUUCUCACAACAAUCGUUUGAACUGCAGCCGCUUAUGUUUGCUCGCCAGCACUCGUCCAAUAACAAUUCGCACUCGGAAACGUUUCGAGAACGCCUCGGCUCCUGCAACGAGACGCACAGCUCCCAAUGUCCGGGUGGCGUUGCCGAGCACGACGAUGUCUUCAAUGCAAGUAAAUCUCAGCGCCAUCACACUUUGCCAAGCGGCGGCACACGUCGCCAUUCCUUUGGCAGCAACUGGGCACAUCAACAACACCAACACCAACAACACCAACAUCAGCAUCAACAUCAACGUCAACUGAACACAUCCGCAUCCAGUUGCACAUCGCCAUCGAUUGGACCCAGUUCGCCGGAUGAGGUGCCCAAUAUGCUGGCACCCCGUCCACCGGUGCCCUCGCCAAAUAAAUUUCGCGGUCCAUCAUAUCGCAGACGAGACAACUGCGGCAACGUGAACAACGGCAACGGAGUUGCAACAACGGCUGGCUACGGCUACACUCCGCCGGGCUACAACAUGGACGACAUUUUGAUCAUCACUGCCAAGCACAGCGAACCCGCCUAUCUCCGCGCCACUUUCCUCAAGAACCAUUUCGACAAGAUCACAAAGCAGCGCGGACGCAAACCAUUCAAUUUUCUGCACAUCAAAAUUGACGAUGGCCCCUUCAGCGAGGAGAUUGCCCAAAAGUAUCACAACACGGCGCUGCAGAUAGUCAUCUUGUGUCCGGCAUUGUUGGCACUGCCGCACAGCUUCCUCAUGGCACAGCUGACCGCGAUAAUCCGGGUGGAGAAGGUGCUGGCCAUUCUGUUGGAUGUGGGCGAGGAUAGGGUGAAGGAGAUGCACAAGACAGCCCUGCCCAGCUACUACAAGUGGCGACGUUGCGUUGUCCGUGACAAUGAUCAGGCACAGAUCAGCAAUAUACUCGGCAUAGCCACCGACAUUUUGGGGCGUGCUCUGUGCCAACGGCCACCCUGCCAGGACAACAGUUGCAACAACAAUAGCAACAGCAACAACAACAGCAGCAACGUCUCGCGCAGCAUGUCCAAUUGCACGGAGGGUUUCACGGUGCUGCCCAAGAAAGUGAAACAGGGUCAGAACAAAGUGCUGGCAAUGCUCGCCGAGCCGCUGCAGCCAAAUGAUGUACUCAAAGUGCUCGUCGAGAAAUCCGGCGAACUGCUCGAGAUACGUAAUUUCAAAUGCCGUAAUCCAUAUACGUUGCAAUUUGCCAUACCCGAAACAUGCAUGGAAAUCUCCACAAUGAUCGAGAUACGCAUCGAGAAGAAUAAUAAGCUACUUGGCGCUCGACCCGUAAAAUGCGAGAGUCGCUUGAGAGAAUUGGAGCAGCUGCUGCGUGUCGAGGAUUCCCCCAUUGAGUUUAUGUGCCAUGCUUUGGGCGUGGGCCCCUUGGAAAAGGACUCCCUCGACCUGCAUCUGUUGCAGUGCUUUCAGCGCAACAUGCCACCAAAUUUUCAUUUGCUGAACGGACCCAGCGAGCGAAGUCAACCGCAUUUCUUUUCACGUCUCGAAUCGAGUCCGGAGGAGUAUCCCACGUUGCUCCACUUUGCGGCUCGCUGGGGCCUCAAUAGGCUCUGCCUGCAAUUGAUGGAGUGCCCCGGUGGCGACACAGCUUGUGGUGUCAGAAAUUGUUCCGGUCGCACGCCUGCAGAAUUAGCUGAACAGGAGGGUCAUCACAAGUUGGCUCAGAAUUUGAUUAGCUUCUCGGAGUUUCACAAUCUGACCAUGGUCUAUCAUUAUUUUAAGGGCGUGGAUAAUGCCACAAGUGGCGCCAGCUCGCCAGCAGCACAAACCAAGUCGAAUCCUGGCUGCAAAUCCCCCCAAGUCGUAAUUGGUGCACUGCCCGCCAAGCCAGUCAAACAACUGCCACUCACCGAGGAGUAUAUGGAAAUGUCGAGCGGAUCCGAGCGGGAAAAUACGCCAGAGGUGCGUCCAACCAAAACGGAGACAAUGGCAAUCUCCAAUCUCAAUUAUAUCAGCGUGGAAACCGACGAUGAGAAUUUGCAGAGCUGCGCAACCGAAAAACAUCUGGAUGCGAGCAAAGUACUCGAAACGAAUCCAAUUGGCCCCGCACAGACCACCAAUGAGUUGCGCAUCAAUGAACCACCUUAUUACCAGUCCAAAGAGCAAAAUAAAUGCGGUCAAGAUGUGGUUGAUGCUGCCGCGGCGGAUGAUAAAUUUAGCCAGGAGUGCUCGCAGCUGCUGGAGAAUCAGGGCAACGACUACGUGAUGCAGCCCUCAAAUAUACCCGUGCAAAAGUCAUCGGAUGACGAUGGCAACUAUCUGUAUCAGCCCUCCAAUCGACCCGUGGAGGAGCCACUGCGUCCGUUACGCGCCCAGCACCAAUCCAAUGGGGGCGUUGGCACACUCAAGCGCAGCGCCAGCGAUGCCUCACGUGCCAAUGCCGACGAUGAGCUGGCCGAGAUUAUGCACGAUUUCAAGAACAAUGUGCUGUCCAUCAGGGAUGUGGAGCUGCUCGUGGAGAAGUGGAAGCAUCGCAACGAUGUACAGCAGAGCUAUCGCGAGAAACAAGAUCAAAUUGAUCAGAUGCGACGCGAAUACGAAAGAAUCCACGAACAUGUCAAAUCCCAAAUGAAACGGGAGACGCCCUUCGAGCGCAUCACGAAAUUCUUCUCCAAGCGCAAAGAGAAGGCUGACAAGUUGGCCAACUGCUGUGCCGACAGCUUGCUGGACGAGACGAAGAGUUCGAUUGCAACAAGUUGUAGUCUGAAAUCCUCGGCACGUCCAAUUAGCUCGUUGAGUUUGCAGAGCGUUUCCAGUUCGAGUUCGUCUUCGGGUCGCUUGAGCACCGGUAGCAAUUGCAGUGGCGCCUCUCUAGGGGAUUCGGGCACCCAUUCGGAUCACGAAGAGCGACGUCAAUUUGGCUGUCGGCUGGGCACGCCCGGCUCGCUGAUGGACAACUAUUUGGUGCCACCGCCACCAAGGCCAGUUUUUACGCCCGUCUCCACGCCGGGCGAUGAGCGGCAUCAGAUUGUUUUCCCCUCACCGUUGUCCAGUUGCCAUCGUCUGCACACGCCCACAAGUCCGACGGGCUCCGAGCAUUAUCAGUUAUUUCCCUCGAACAUACCUGUCUAUGGCACUGGCGCUGGCAGUGGCAGCCAAGCGUUGAGCUCAUCGCAAAGCAGCAGCUAUCUGAACACAAUUAUGGAGGCCAAAGAACAGGAGCAGCAGCAGCAGCAGCAGCAGCAACACUAUCAGAAUGGCGUCACCUUGCAGCCCAUCAAGUUGAACGAGCGACCCAACAUCAUCUAUGGCAAGCUGAGCAAGAGCAGCGCCUCCACCUCCAGUUGCAGCUCCUUCAAGCCCAAACAGGUCGCCUGUCCUCAGGUGGGCAGCAUCGAGGUCCAGGCGGAGGUCUAUCAGAAUGUGGGUAGCAACUACUCGGAGGAGGCCAACCAGGCGCCGGAUGUGCCGCCCAAGCAACAGCCUACAGCGGAGUCACCCAACUAUAUGAACUGCUAGAGACUCUCAAUCCCUCUCCCACUCUCUCUCUCUCUCUCACUCUCUGUCGUACACUCGGAGAAAAAAAUCGCAUUGAAAUUUAGUAAUUCGCCCUAAGAAUUAGCAAGUUUUUUUUUGUUUUUAAACUUCAUUUUUCAUCAAAUUGAAUAGUUUUCUUAUGUCUACAAAUGAGAAGGUUUUCCUUGUUCGAAGAAAAAUUGGCUUGCCUAAAAAUGCAAAAGUUUUUCUGGUUUUUCCAAAUCUGCUAUCUUAAAAUGGGAAAACUUGUCUUUUGUUGGAAUUCAUUGUUCUAAAAGAUAGAAAGUCUUGAACAAUUAGAAAAAUUAAAAUUGAGUACACUUUGCGCAAUAUCUAAAAUUCCAAAAGUGUGGUGUUUUUUUGGCUCUUUCUGAGAAAUAGCAAAUAUGUCUAAAAUGAUUAAAUUCAAACGUUUGAUUUUACUA